GAAAACAAUGAUGGAAUGUUGGCAAAUGAUCUCCAGAUAAACCGAGUACACCUACUUCUUUCUCUUUGGAAGAAACCCAAAACCCUUCCACUCCAGUCUUCCUUUCCAUCUCGAUUUUCAGUAAACUCAAUUUCAAGAUUCCACCUCACUACACAUUUCUAUCUCGGUGUAUGUGAAAAUUGUUGGGUGAAACCAGACAGUAACAUGGCACAUUUGCUUUCUACUUCAUGCUCUUUCAAAAUCCCUUCUUCUCGCAAACCUUUCUUCCAACCAUUGAACCAAUGUCCAGGUGCAUUCCGUACCUCUUUUAAUGUGAAAACUUCCAAAUCUCCGGUGUGUCAGGUCGUGCUGCCAGGAAAAGGUCCACAAAGAAGUUGCACUGUUUAUGCAACCUCCACCACUCUUAGACAAGAAGCCCCAACGCAAUCAUACACUGCUUUGCAUCAAUCAUCCAAUGAUCCUGCCAAGCCAAAGCGUGUCAUGGUUAUUGGUGGAGAUGGCUACUGCGGAUGGGCCACUGCCCUUCAUCUUUCCAAUAAAGGUUAUGAGGUUGCUAUUGUUGACAGUCUUAUCCGGCGCCUUUUUGACCACCAACUUGGUCUCAACUCCUUGACUCCUAUAUCCUCCAUCCACAACCGGCUCCGUGUUUGGAAAUCUCUUACUGGAAAAACUAUUGAACUCUAUAUUGGUGACAUUUGUGACUUUGAAUUCUUAUCAGAAACCUUCAAGUCAUUUGAACCUGAUUCUGUUGUCCAUUUUGGGGAGCAGCGAUCUGCCCCUUAUUCAAUGAUUGACCGGUCAAGAGCUGUCUUUACUCAGAAUAACAAUGUCAUUGGAACACUGAAUGUUCUCUUUGCUAUCAAGGAAUUCAGGGAGCAGUGUCAUUUAGUGAAGCUUGGGACAAUGGGAGAAUAUGGUACACCAAACAUUGAUAUUGAAGAGGGUUAUAUAACAAUUACUCAUAAUGGAAGAACAGAUACUCUGCCUUAUCCUAAGCAAGCAAGCUCAUUCUACCAUCUGAGUAAGGUUCAUGACUCACAUAAUAUAGCCUUCACUUGCAAGGCUUGGGGAAUCAGAGCCACUGAUCUUAAUCAAGGAGUUGUUUAUGGGGUGAGAACUGAGGAGACUGCGAUGCAUGAAGAACUUUGCAAUCGGCUUGAUUAUGAUUCAGUAUUUGGGACCGCAUUAAAUCGGUUUUGUGUUCAGGCCGCUGUAGGUCAUCCACUAACUGUGUAUGGAAAAGGGGGCCAGACUAGGGGCUACCUUGAUAUAAGAGACACAGUUCAGUGUGUUGAACUUGCCAUUGCGAAUCCGGCAAAACCUGGCGAAUUUAGGGUGUUCAAUCAGUUCACUGAGCAGUUUUCUGUCAAUCAACUUGCUGCCCUUGUUACAAAAGCAGGAGAGAAACUUGGGCUUGAUGUGCAAACCACAUCUGUGCCCAACCCAAGGGUAGAGGCAGAAGAGCACUAUUACAAUGCAAAGCACACUAAACUCAUUGAGUUGGGACUCAAACCACACCUUCUUUCAGACUCUCUUCUUGAUUCGUUGCUCAACUUUGCUAUUCAGUUCAAGGACUGUGUUGACUCAAAACAGAUAAUGCCCGGUGUUUAUUGGAAAAAAAUUGGGGUGAAGCCAAAGACUGUUGCAGUCUAGAAGUAGUAUUGGGGAUUUUGACGCGAUUAGGUUUGUGUUGCCCUCAUUGUGUCAUCUCUUUUUGUUUGAUAGAUAGUGCUGCAGUUUUUGAAAUAUGUAGUCUGUAAGAGUAAUUGGUUAGCUGCAAUCAGGGGUUUAUGAACGCAAACUGUCUGGCCGUAAAACAGAAAAUUAUAGCUGUACAAGUAACGCAUAUCUCCGUUGUCAGAAUUUACUACUUGAAUCUGUAUAGGACUUUUAUGUUAUGCCAUUACAGAGAUUAAUUUAUAGAUAAAUGCAACAAUACAAAUAUAUUUUAUAGCAA